UAGCCACUCCAUACAGCAUCACUCACUCACAGUCUCCCACUACACUCUCCAACUAAACCAAAGCGACUGAGCUGGUUCCUGCCACCAUGGCUGCACGCCGCGCUUACGCCGCCGCGACCUUGGCCCUUCUGGCGGCGGCGCUGGUGCUGUCCGCGGCCCCGGCGGAGGGCGCAGUGUCGUCCUGCGGGCAGGUGAUUGGUUACAUUGCCCCCUGUCUCACCUACGCCAUGGGCAACGCGCCCAAGCCGAGCGGCAACUGCUGCAGCGGCGUGCAGAGCCUGAACUCGGCUGCCGCCAGCUCCGCCGACCGCCAGACAACCUGCAACUGCCUGAAGCAGCGAGCUGGCGGUGUGGGCGGCCUCAGGCCCGACCUCAUCGCCGGGAUCCCCGGCAAGUGCAACGUCAAGAUCCCCUACGCCAUCAGCCCCAACACCGACUGCUCCAAGGUGCACUAAGCAAGUGUCGGAUCUGAAUCACCCGGAGAUCAGAUGCUUGGGAGUCUGAGGUGAUGAGACAAAUAAAUCGAGGAGGACUAGCUUCAGCUAGCAAGUAGUAGUACUGGAUGCAUAUGCAUGGGUCCACGUACCUUGUUUUACUAUUACCGCGUGAUUAGUUUCACUGCGCCUUAAUAAUUUAGUUUUACCGCUGCCGCUCCGAUCGUACGUUGUGGUUGCUGCUGUUUCCGCUACGGUUUUAAUCGCUGCUGUGUCUGUAAUCCUCAGUGUCAGGGGACAUGCAUGUACUGUGUCUGCAAUGCAUAGUAUGUUUUAUAUC